GCUCGCGCCGCUCUGUGCGCUAGGAAGGAGAAGGGCGCUGGAGGAGGAAGAAGAAAAAACUCCCAGCACGCUGGCGGAACGGGGUCACGAACUAUGACCUUUCACAGAAGAAAAACAAUAACAAGUAAUUUUAAAAAAACCAAGAUCUAACAGCUGCGUUGUUUAUUUAAGGAGAGCUGCUCCUGUCCAACCUCAAAUCACAUGAUGCAUCAUGUGGAGAAUCAAAGCAUCUUCAAAGCCACUUUUUCACAUUGUCCAAUCGGUGCAGGCCUCCUCCCCAGACUCCUCAGUGAUGAGCGGCUCUCCACAGCGCAUCCAGAUCAUCUCCACCGACUCGGCUGUCACCACCCCGCAGCGCAUACAGAUCGUAACUGACCAGCAGACGGGUCAGAAGAUCCAGAUUGUCACGGCAGUGGACCCAUCUAGCACUUCCAAACAGCAGUUUAUUUUGGCUGCCCCAGAUGGGUCCGGUGCCGGCAAGGUGAUCCUGGCCUCACCAGAGACACAGAAUGCCAAACAGCUUAUCUUCACCACAGCUGAUAGCAUUGUGCCUGGGAGAAUACAGAUUGUAACAGAUGCAGCGUCGGUGGAGCGUCUGCUGGGCAAGGCGGGGGACGUCGGCCGGCCGCAGCCUGUGGAGUACUGUGUGGUGUGUGGGGACAAGGCCUCAGGGCGGCAUUACGGGGCCGUGAGCUGUGAAGGCUGCAAAGGCUUCUUCAAGAGAAGCGUUCGCAAGAACCUGACGUACAGCUGUCGGAGUAACCAGGACUGCAUUGUCAACAAGCACCAUCGUAACCGGUGCCAGUUCUGUCGUCUGAAGAAGUGCCUGGAGAUGGGCAUGAAGAUGGAGUCUGUGCAGAGUGAGAGGAAACCAAUCGAACUGCCGAGAGAAAAGCCUGCAAACUGUGCAGCUUCCACUGAGAAAAUCUAUAUCAGGAAGGACCUGCGGAGUCCGCUCAUCGCCACGCCCACCUUCAUCACAGACAAAGAUGGCUCCAGGUCUAGUCUCCUUGAUCCCGGAAUGCUGGUCAAUAUUCAGCAGCCAUUGAUACAAGCAGACGGAACAUUACUUUUAGCCACAGACUCAAAGGCCGAAUCAAACCAAGGUGACCUGGGAACACUAGCGAAUGUAGUGACGUCACUCGCCAACCUGAAUGAGUCCCUGAACAAUGGCGAUACCUCAGAGGUCCAGCAGGAGGAGCAGUCUGCCAGCGAGAUAACACGUGCCUUUGACACCCUGGCCAAAGCCCUUAACCCUACAGACACCAUUGCAGGACAGAACUUAGUGGAGGGUGUGGACGGGGCAGGUGGGGCCACUAUCCAGGUGAUCAGUAGAGACCAGGCCACGCCCAUUAUUGAAGUGGAGGGACCGCUGCUCACAGACACUCAUGUUAGUUUUAAGCUAACGAUGCCCAGCCCCAUGCCGGAGUACCUGAAUGUUCACUAUAUCUGUGAAUCUGCCUCUCGCCUGCUCUUCCUCUCCAUGCACUGGGCACGUUCCAUUCCAGCAUUCCAGGCCCUUGGUCAGGACUGUAACACCAGUCUGGUGCGUGCCUGCUGGAACGAGCUGUUCACCCUCGGGCUGGCGCAGUGUGCUCAGGUCAUGAGCCUCUCCACCAUCCUGGCUGCCAUCGUCAACCACCUGCAGAACAGCAUUCAGGACGAUAAACUGUCAGGGGACCGGAUCAAACUGGUCAUGGAGCACAUCUGGAAGCUUCAGGAGUUCUGCAACAGCAUGGCCAAACUGGACACAGAUGGCUAUGAGUACGCCUACCUGAAGGCCAUAGUGUUAUUCAGCCCAGAUCACCCCGGCCUGAGCAGCACCAGCCAGAUUGAGAAGUUUCAGGAGAAGGCCCAGAUGGAGUUGCAAGAUUAUGUUCAAAAGACUUACCCCGAUGACACCUACAGGUUGGCCCGGAUCCUGAUGCGUCUCCCAGCCCUUCGACUGAUGAGUUCCAACAUCACGGAGGAGCUGUUCUUCACGGGCCUCAUCGGGAACGUGCCCAUCGACAGCAUUAUCCCUUACAUCCUGAAGAUGGAGACGGCAGAGUACAACAGUCAGAUCACAGGCUCCUCUGCGUGAUCCCUGCCCCCCAAACUAUCAGCAAUUAGCCACUGUUUAAAGCUGGCCCCUUUUUUAAUUUAUGUUUAACUUUUUUUCAAAUUUGAAAUUCCUAUUUUAACUUAAUGAUGAUGAUAAUAACAAUAACAAUACUAAUUAUGUAGGCCUACUUACUCUGGUAACCUUUCUCAAAGUUCUGUAUUUAUUUGGUGCAGUUGUAUAAAGAGCCCGGGUUCUAUAAUGACUAGUCUUAUAGAGAGAUAAGUUUAUUUAGUAGUACCGCUCUGCUCUUAUUCAGAUUCCAUUGCAUGAACUGUUAGUCUCCUUAUGUAUUUUGCACAUGAAAUGGGACAAAUAAUAUUGGAUGACUCUGCCUUUCUUUUUUAGUAUCUUCAGCAAAUGGUGGCAGCGCAGAUAUGUCAAAUUCACCCUGCUAACGCAUUUUAAACUCUUUUACAUCAAUGUGAAAAUUAUUCUUCAUGGUAGGCAAUAUAAGUGAGACGAUAAAUCAAAGUACUAAUUCUGCUUCCAGUAUCACAAUUAGACUGGAAUGUUUUAAUAGGUAAUAUAUGAAUGAAAUGCCCUUGAAUGUCCUUAUUUUGAAAACAUGAAACCAUGUACAUGUUGUUUAUAGAAUACCAAUAAGUGUUUCUUUCUAUGUUUAGAAGGUAACACUUAGACUUACUGUGUGAACUGCAUGUUUAACCUAUAGAAACAAGGAUGCUUUACAUUCUCUGAAACCACAGGUAUUCUGAAUUUAGUUUGUGGGCAGUUGUGAGUAGUUAUGUAGCUGUCAUUAUUUCCGCCAUGCUGGACAUAUUUACUUAACAUCUGCAUACCUGAAUAUAAGACCGACAUUUCUUAUUGAUGUCAGUUAGAUUGGUUUAGUUCUGCCCAUUAAUAAUUUAAAUCCUUGUAAGGUUGUGAUGGGAGGGUGGCUUUGUGAACUCCUAAGUGGUGUGAGCUACCAUUUAUUGUUUGCAUUUCUGUGGUUUGACCCAGUGAGAUUGGAUUUGCUGUGGAAAGCAAAGUUUAAUUGGUCAGUCAAGUGAGUGAUUGACAACUCCUUGUAACCCUGCAUUUUGGGGCUUGUUAAAUGUUACUCAAGCCCCAAUUACCACUAGGUACAAAAUGAAAAGUGACUUUAACAUUUAAUACAAUAAUGUUAUCUAGGUGAAUCAUGUGAAAGCCUAAAACAAAAGCAUAUUGAAUUUGGGAAGGACAAUUUUUGGUACAGGUACUUCAUGGAUUCCAUAAAUUAUAUACUUAUACUUACUAUAUCUUUAUUGUCAACCUUUUUUUUUUUUUUGCAAAUGCAUAUGAAUUUACACAUAAUUGCUUUUCCCAAGCAUAACGUCUAACGAAUAAUAACAGUGGGGUGUAUUUAUUCAUUUGUCCUUAACUUUGAUUUACAAGUAAAUGCAUGUGUUAAACCUUUUCUUUACCAACAAACUCAGUUUGUUUUAGUCAUGGUUGAACUUGCCAAACUGUGUUUUUUUUUUGGGGGGGGGGGGGGGGGGGGGGAGAAAUUCUUGCUUUCAACUAUUAAUCAAAUUUAAGGACGACGGAUAAUUGAAUCUCAGUCAUUGUCAUUAUGUGUAUACAAUCCUAAUUAAUCCAUAUUGUAUGUGCAAUGUAAUACAUUUAUAGGCCCUUUCCUCUUCUGCCAUGACAAUCAGGUGCUGUGGGAGAUGCGUUCAUAUUCUGAGAACAUUGUCUUUUUUCACUAAUUUAUUUCAUCAGGCUUAUUUCUUCGCAAAUUAAAUGAUGCAGUAAUCCAGUGUUGACAGUCCUGCAAGGUGCAGCAGUUCUAAACAUUAUUGCUUUACUGAAAGCAACAAAACACUGUGGGUCUUAUGUGAAGGUGUGUUUUUGCCAUUAUAUUUUUUAAGGCAAGAACUCCUGGUUUCAAUGUGUCUCACUGAAUCGCUAUAUUGUAAAUAUAUUUGUGUGCUGUUCUUUUACCAGUUAAGCAUUUCAAAUAAUUAAUGCUGUUAGCUUUUACUUUCUACAUUUAAUUUCUAUUAAAUGUGCAUUAUGUUUUUUUACUGCACGGUAAACUGAGAUGUUAUUAAAGAUGUACAUAUCUAUAUAUAGUUUCAAAAACGUAAAAUCUUGAAUUUGUUUUAAAACAAAAUUUCCCUCGGAAUGAAAUGCACUUAUAAGUACUAGUGCAUAAUUGUUUAGUUUGACAUGGAAGAUUACAAAGCCAUGUCUAACCAUAAAAUCCACUGUUUUUGGUAAAUCUGAAUUUAUGUAUACCUUAUUUUUUAAACAGAAUUAUAUGUAUGUUAUUUGUUCUCUGGGUUUAAAACCUGCCAAGACUGUUUCGUAUCACUGUUCUUUUAUGUGAAUUGAGCUUUGUACUGUACAUGUAAUUUCAUUAAAUGAGUGCAUGUUCUUUUUUUAUUCAGAAAGUUUUAUAAUCCAAUGAGUGUCUUCAAUUCUGGAGAAAAGUGGCAUUGUUGUUUUUGUAUAUAGGGCAUCGCAGUGCAUGGAAUAGCUUAUGCAUUUUAUUAAAUGCUGUAAAAAUGUGGAGUUACAACAUUGUGGCUAAAAUACUACUACCAUACAAAGCAGUUUAUAUAAUUAAAUUACAUAAUGCAAUUAAAUGCCUGUUUCCUUGUUAAGUUUACUUGGUUCUGUGUGAAAAGGAAAAAGUAAGAUGUGGUCAGUGAAUGAAGUGCUUUUUUCUGUAGAUGGAUUCAUUUUUAUGAAAUCGUUUGUGUUGAAUGUGGUCCCAUACCUUUUGACCUUUUGAAGUCCGAUUUCUGAAGACCACCUUUCUUUUUUGCUUGUUUAAAAUGGAAUAAAUAAGGAAAUGUG